AUGCUCGACAAAGUAAAGCUAAAUCCGUCACAGUAUUCUGCUUUUCUUCUCAAUUUAUCGAAUCGUUUCGGCAGAGAUGAUAUGUUAUAUAUACUUAAUCAUGCUCGCACAACAGAAUUCAAAAAUCGAACUGAAGCGCGUAUAGUUUCCGAUACAAUUUCUACAAUUCUUGGUAUUAAUACAAUUCAAAACCUGUUUUCAUAUUAUAUGGAAACCUCAAAAGAUCUUGAAUACAAAAUCAGAUUCAGGAUUACCGAAGAAAAGUAUCAUAAUUUCAUUAUUAAACCAGAAACUACCGCUCUUGAUCUUAAACGCAUGAUCUCCAAAGAAUUAGGUAUUGAUCUCAGUCAAAAAGAUAUAUAUUUUGCGGGACAUAUUCUUCGUGACGAAAAAAAUUUAACAAAAAAAGGUGUCAAACCCGGAUCAUGGCUUGAUUUAAUCGAAUACCUUAUAAACCCUACAAAUUCAAAGAUUUGCCAUAUCUUCAUCAAAACAUUGACUGGAAGGCAUAUUACUCUCAAGGUGAGAUUAUGCAUUGAUAUUUUAGGUGUAAAGAGACUUAUUCAUGGCGUAGAAGGAAUUCCACCAGAUCAGCAGCGCUUAAUAUUUGCAGGAAAGCAACUUGAAGAUGGAAAUGCACUUGAAGAUUACAGUAUUCAACAAGAUUCAACAUUACAUUUAGUUUUAAGAUUGCGCGGAGGAAAACCAGUUAUUUAUUUGUAUCCUGAAGAAGAAACAGAUGUCAAAGUAAGUAUUGAUACAAAAGAUGUUGAAUUUCCAUUUGUUUAUCCAUCAUUUGAUCAUGAUCAUACAUGGGAAGUUCGUGCAUUUCCAAAUGGAGACAUUGUACAUAAAGAUCGUCAUUAUCCAUCUCUCUUCUGGGAAACUCUUUUCUAUCCAACAUUUGAUAGUGAUGAAGGAUUUGUUAUUGAAGGUCGUAAUGUUGUUUCUUUCUUUGAAGAAAAACUUCGUCAAAUUAAUCUUUCUGAUCAUGAAAUCUUCGACUUCGUUACAUUCUGGUGUCCUAAACUCGUUGACAUGAAAUAUAUCAAGAUAACAUUCCACUUCUCUGACUACUCCGAACAGUUCCCUCUCUCUAUUUCACCUGCUCCGAAAAACAUCAACCGUCUUUUCUUCUGCGCUACUCCUCUUUCAUCACCUAUUGAUAUUCCUGCUCCAACACUCCCUGUCUUUGCACGUGAUGGUUUCACCGUUAUCGAAUGGGGCGGUACCAUCGUAAGUGAGGAUGACAGAGCAAUUCUCAAAUGA